GUGAAAGCUUUAGUAAAGAAAAAAAAACAUAUUUAAUUCUCUUGGUAGGCACAUUAUUUUAAUAAGUAGCUUAGAAUUAGUAUCGUCCUUGUCUGUUCUAUAUCUCUUAUUUAUACCCACUUCUUCUCCAACCUACUUGCUCUCUCGCUUUCUCUCCCGUUUCACUUCUCUCCAUACAAAAUUACGACCUCAGAGGGCUUUCUAAUAUCCUCAAUUCUUCCCUCAAAUUCCUAGAACAGCUUAUCUUUUGCUUUUUAAAUCGCAAAUAUGGCAAAUUCUCCUCAUGGUGGUGUCCUCAAGUAAGAAUGCCAUUUGACAAAACGAAUGACUUCGUUCAUUGCGUAGGAUGCGAACAAACUAACAAUCGCAACAGAGAUCUUCUUGCAAGAGAUUUACCAAGACAUAAUGAACUUUCGGCAGAAGCCGAGACUCUUCCUGCUAUCGUUCUCACAGAAAGACAGCUAUGCGAUCUGGAAUUGAUCUUGAGCGGUGGUUUCUCUCCUCUUGAAGGUAUGUCGCUUCCGCUUAUUUCUUGCUUGCAUGGAGGGGCAUAAUGACCCCGCGAUUUCUGAUCACUUUCCAAAACAUGGACACCAACUCCUAUAAAUUGGCGUCAAUUGCUAACGUUUAAUCUGCUAGGUUUCAUGAACGAGAAGGAUUACAAUGGGUGCGAAAUUGCGCUUCCCAAUAUACUAUUUCUUGUCUAACCUUUCACAGCGUCGUUGAAAACAACCGAUUGGCAGAUGGCAACGUCUUCAGUAUCCCAAUUACUCUUGAUGUGUCCAAAGAACAAAUUGAGCAGUUAGGAAUCAAAGAAGGUGCAAGAAUUACUAUUCGCGAUUUCCGUGACGAUCGAAACCUUGCUAUUAUCAACGUCGAAGAUGUUUACAAACCCAACAAGUGUGUUAUCCCGGCCUGAUUUGGCAGGACAGGCAGAUCUAAUUAUUUACAGGGAGAAGGAAGCCAAGGAGGUUUUUGGUGGUGAUGCCGAUCACCCAGCAGUCAAAUAUUUGUACAACACUGCAGCCGAAUUUUACGUCGGAGGAAAGAUUGAUGCCAUCAACCGUCUAGAACAUUACGAUUAUGUCGCUCUAAGAUGUGAGUGACUCAAUUUCCUCGCACUCUAGGAAACUACUAAUACCAUGAAAGAUACCCCCGCAGAAAUGAGACUUCACUUCGACAAGCUCGGCUGGUCCAAGGUUGUCGCAUUCCAAACUAGAAAUCCCAUGCACAGAGCCCACAGAGAGUUGACUGUUCGUGCUGCGAGAGCCCGCCAAGCCAACGUUCUUAUCCAUCCAGUUGUCGGUCUUACCAAGCCAGGUGACAUUGACCAUUUCACACGUGUCCGUGUCUACCAGGCACUUCUUCCUAGAUACCCCAAUGGAAUGGCCGUUCUUGGUCUUCUACCUCUCGCUAUGCGUAUGGGUGGACCUCGUGAGGCUGUUUGGCACGCCAUUAUCCGAAAGAACUAUGGUGCCACUCACUUCAUUGUUGGACGCGAUCACGCCGGCCCAGGAAAGAACAGCAAGGGAGAGGAAUUCUACGGCCCAUACGAUGCUCAGUAUGCCGUUGAAAAAUUCAAGGAUGAGCUCGGAAUUGAGGUCGUUCCUUUCCAAAUGAUGACUUACCUCCCAGAUAGCGACGAAUAUAGACCAAAGGACGAGGUCCCACAAGGUACCCGCACUCUCGAUAUCUCUGGAACCGAACUCCGUUCAAGACUUCGCUCCGGUCGCGAGAUUCCAGAAUGGUUCUCCUACCCAGAAGUUGUCCGUGUUCUUAGAGAAUCUCACCCACCUCGUUCUGCUCAAGGUUUCACUGUAUUCCUUACCGGUUACCACAGUUCUGGCAAAGACGCAAUCGCACGUGCUUUGCAAACCACCCUCAACCAACAAGGUGGACGUUCUGUCUCACUCUUAUUGGGUGAGACCGUCCGCGCCGAGCUUUCCUCCGAACUUGGUUUCAGUCGUGCCGACCGAACCCGCAACAUCGGUCGAAUUGCAUUUGUUGCUUCGGAGUUGACUCGUUCAGGUGCCGCCGUUAUCGCUGCACCAAUCGCACCAUACGAAGAUGCUCGUAAGCACGCUCGUGAAAUGGUCGAGAAGUAUGGUGAUUUCUAUCUCGUUCACGUUGCUACCAGUCUUGAGCACUCUGAGAAGAUCGAUAAGAAGGGUGUCUAUGCCAAGGCCCGUAACGGCGAAAUCAAGGGUUUCACUGGUGUUGAUGAUCCUUAUGAGGUUCCUGCUAAGGCCGACUUCACUGUUGAUAUUGAGAAGACCAGUGUCAGAAAUGCUGUUCACUCAAUCGUCCUGAUGUUGGAGAGCGCCGGUUUGUUGGAUCGUCUGUAGAUUGAUUAUUCGUACAUUGGAUUUGACGGCGUGAUUGGAUCAUGCCUUUUGGAAUCAACAAAAUUUGAAAUGGACAACUUUUGGGGCGUUUUUUACAGGCUUUUAGAUAGACAGAGCGAAACAUUUAGAGUCGCAUGUACAUGAGUCAUGUAGCUAGAGGAUAGGUUUGAUGAGAUUAGUAGAAUCUAUCUUCGUUAUUCAUUAUUGAGAUUAAAUAGUCUGAUCAGCUUCAUCUUACAAAUUUC